CAUACAUGCAGUGAUGCAGAUAGCAACAACCGACAUGCAAUCUUCAGCACAUGCAACACCACAGUGACAGGCCCGUCUUCUCUUCUAAUUUGACAAUUAUUAAGUUUCGGCUUUUAGACAUGCAUUCUCAAUUUCUCAUGCUCAUCUUCCUCACCAAGUAAGCAGCAUAUACAAAAACCUUUUAUGCCACUCGUCUCACAGCAAAUAAAAUGGUUGUAAGAUGGGCAUUUUUCUUGUUACCAACCUAUCUUGCCAUCACCAAUGUCUUAUCUUCGACAAAAAUACCAACAUCCAAGACUUACAUUGUCCAAAUCAACAGAUCAGCAAAGCCUGAAACGUUCGGUACCCAUGUAGAAUGGUAUGCCUCAGUGAUACAAUCAGUGGCUCUUGAAGGUGAUGAUAAUAUUGACACUGAGAGAAUAAUGUACAAUUACGAAACUGUUUUUCAUGGUGUGGCUGCUAGGCUGAGUUUAGAUGAAGUCCAGAGGCUUCAACAACAUCCUGCUGUUAAGGCUGUCCAUCCUGAGUCUGUUUAUGAAUUACACACUACAAGAAGUCCUUUUUUUCUUGGACUUGAAUCCGCGGAUAACACAGAUGUUCUAUCAGGAAAUUUAACAGGCCAUGAUGUUGUAGUUGGAGUCAUUGAUACCGGGAUAUGGCCUGAGAGCAAGAGCUUCAGUGACAGGGGCUUGCCACCAGUUCCGGGUCACUGGAAGGGCACGUGUCAGACAGGCCGCGGGUUUGAUAAGGCACAUUGCAACAGAAAAAUUGUUGGUGCCCGAAUGUUUUACUAUGGAUACGAGGCAGACGUUGGAAAGAUUAAUGAACGGAAGGUGUAUAAGUCACCACGUGAUCAAGACGGACAUGGCACACACGUAGCAGCAACCGUUGCUGGAGCUCCAGUGCGCGGUGCAAGCCUAUUAGGCCAAGCUCAGGGGACAGCCAGAGGAAUGGCUCCUGGUGCAAGAAUCGCGGUGUAUAAAGUUUGUUGGGCUGGUAAAUGUUCCACCUCUGAUAUUAUUGAAGGAAUUGACAAAGCUGUGAAAGAUGGAGUAGAUGUUCUGUCUCUUUCUUUAGGUGCUCCAACCUUUGCUUAUCAGACCGACAGUCUGUCCAUAGCCACUUUCGGGGCUAUGGAGAGGGGAGUUUUUGUGUCAUGCUCCGCGGGGAAUAGUGGGCCUAAUGCAGAUAGUCUAGCAAAUGUAUCACCAUGGAUGACUACAGUGGGAGCCAGCACAGUGGAUAGAGUUUUUCCAUCUGCUGUAACGCUUGGAACUGGUCGAAAAAUUACAGGAGCUUCACUUUACAAAGGCUGGAAGGAUGGUUCACUGAGAAAGCAGUAUCCUCUGGUGUACAUAGGAAGUAAUUCCAGCAUCUCGGAUCCGAGUGCAUUGUGUUUGCAGGGUAGCUUGAAUCCAAAAAUUGUCUCGGGGAAGAUAGUGAUAUGCAAUCGAGGUCUUACAAAUCGAGUUGAGAUAGGCCAAGUGGUGAAAGACGCGGGUGGGAUUGGAAUGAUCUUAGCCAACACUUAUGAGCACGGAGAAGACUUGAUAGCCGAUUCUCACCUGCUCCCUGCUAUUGCUGUUGGUAACAAGGAAGGGGCAGCAAUUAAGAAAUAUGCUAUGACUAAUUCACACCCUACCGCAGCCCUUUCGUUUCAGGGGACCAGAGUAGGAAUAAGGCCUUCCCCUGUGGUGGCUGCAUUUUCAUCAAGAGGGCCUAACUACCUGAAUCUAGAGGUUCUCAAGCCCGAUAUAGUGGCGCCAGGGGUGAACAUACUUGCUGCUUGGACUCAUUCACUUGGUCCAUCAAGCUUGGUAACCGAUAAACGAAUAGUAGAUUUUAAUAUCCUGUCUGGAACUUCCAUGUCCUGCCCACAUGUGAGUGGCAUUGCUGCAUUGAUAAAGUCAAGGCAUCCGAACUGGAGUCCUGCUGCUAUAAAAUCCGCCAUGAUGACUACAGCUUAUAUCCAUGAUAACAAAUACAAUCCUCUGGCAGAUGCUUCCACAGGUGCAGCUUCAACUCCCUAUGCCCACGGUGCUGGCCAUAUAAACCCUCUGAAGGCUCUGAACCCUGGACUAAUUUAUGAUCUCGGGCCACAAGAUUACUUUGAAUUCUUGUGUGCUCAAAUAAGCUCAACUGACAUGGAACUCUUUGGUAACAGGACUUGCCACCACACACUUGCCAGUCUAGGGGAUCUAAACUACCCAGCUCUCUCAGUAUCAUUUCCUGAGAAAGGAAACAAUUCUGCGGUGACCCUUCACAGGACAGUAACCAAUGUCGGCAAAGCUGUUUCAAAUUACCAUGCUGUCGUUUCAUCAUUCAAAAGUGUAGUUGUUGAGGUUGAGCCAGCAACCUUGCAUUUCACCAAGAAACACCAGAAACUAUCUUACAAAGUUACAAUUUCUGGUAAGAAACGACAAACAGGACCCGAGUUUGGACAUUUGAUCUGGAAGAAUAAAGUACACAAGGUAAGAACACCAAUUGUGGUUUCAAGGCCUCCGGUACCAAUACAAACUUGAAUUUGUUCUGUUAAAUUUCUGGUAUAUUUAAAUUUGUAAACUUGUGCUGUUGCUCAGUUAAAUUUGUUCUGUAAACUUGUGCUGUUGCUCAUCACUCUAGCGAUGAAGUGACAUAAUGUCUUCAAAGGUGAUUUAAAGCAUUUACAAUUUAUUAAAUGGCUACUUGAAAAAGAGAAGAA